UCGUCAAAAAGAGACAAGAUGAAAAUCUUUAACCCAUCUCGAAACCUAAUCCUAGCCACAGCCAUUUUCCUUGUUUUCAUUGUUCCCCUAAGAGCCCAAGACAGCCCACAAGACUUUUUGGACGCUCACAACCAAGCACGAGCAGCGGUUGGGGUGGAUCCUUUAGGGUGGGACGAGACGGUGGCUGCAUAUGCUCGCGACUACGCAAACCAGCGUAGAGGUGACUGCGCCUUGGAACACUCGAGUGGGCCCUAUGGAGAGAACAUUUCCUCGAGCAGGUCAGGUGUUGAAGCAGUUAACAUGUGGAUGAGCGAGCAGGCUGACUACGAUUAUGGUUCCAACACAUGUGCCUCAGGAAAACAGUGCGGCCACUAUACUCAGAUUGUGUGGAAAAACUCGGUGAGAAAGGAAUGUGCAAAAGUGAGCUGCGACAAUGGUCAAACCUUCAUCACUUGCAACUAUGAUCCUCAAGGUAAUUUUGUGGGCCAGUGGCCUUACUGAAAAGAGAACCCACGUGUGAAUGUUUCAAAAAAUAUAUAUUAUACAUGCAUGACUUUAUGUUUCUAUAUAUAUUGUUCAAUUAUACCAAUCUUCAUCAUCAGCUAAUAAUGAUUGGUUUUUCCGGUUCAGGCCUCUUUUGUACCAUAUAUAUGUGUGGAUUUUUCUA